GAGUGCGGACCCGUUGCGGUUCGCGGUGUGUCCUGGCGGGCCGCACGCAGGGUCUCCCGCAGCCAGCCUCGCGGGCCACCACGACUCCGUGUCCGCAGCGGUGACGCUUGAGUGGCGACCACCGUCAGACCCAGAGAGGCUCAGCAGGUGGCGGAUCGGGGAAGCUGUGUCACUUCACGGAGGGUGGCUGCGUGCGGGGGUUCGUGAAGCGGCUCGAGGUGACAUCGCAGGUCUCUUGACGCGCUGCGGCCCUGCAGGUCCAGUUCUUCCUUGAGAGGAAGACCAGAUGAUGGCAGCCAUGAUCCCAUCAGUUUGGCCCCAGGGCCUGAGCAAUGGAAUUGGCCCUAGGGCAGCAAGAACCUGUUGUUUCAGAAGUCGGUGACCUUUGAGGAUGUGGCCGUGUACUUCACCCAGACGGAAUGGGAUUGUCUGUCUCCUGAACAGAGAGCGCUGUACAGGGGUGUCAUGCUGGAGAAUUAUAGGAACUUGGCCUCUGUGGCAGGAUUUCCACUUCUCAAACCUGCUGUUAUCUCACAGCUAGAGGAAGGAAAGGAUCUGGAAAAUCUGUCUCAGCUGGCCGCUGGAACGGACUCCCAGGGCCUCUGGACUGAAUGUACUGCUAUCCAGUCUGGCAAUAAUCUGACAAAAGAAGUAUAUGAAGAAGAAAAGAAUUCAUUAUUUGAACCUCAGAAGGACUUUUCUCAGGAAACAAACUUUUCAAAAACGUAUAUUUUUGGCCAACAACAGGAAAUCCAGUCAGCAGGAAGUGCGAUGGGGAGUGCCAGUGCCGCUGAUGGAAGAGCUAAGGCGAGCUCUGUAGAACGGUGUUUGUUUAGUCAGACUCCACAUUUGUCCCAGGAUCAUACCAGCUCUACUGGAGAGCUAUAUUCUGAUGCCAAACUUACUAAGAAUGAAAGAAUCACUACAGAGGAAAGACCUCUGAAACACGGAGAAUUAGCAGAGACUUCUCAAGGCAGCUCUCAAGUUAAUCAGCUUCCAGAAAUCUGUGAUGUGGAGAAGCCCUACCAGUGUGCAGAAUGUGGCAAAGCCUUCAGUGUUAAAGCCAAGUUUGUCUGGCAUCAAAGACUUCAUAAUGGAGAGAAACCUUUCAAAUGUGUAGAAUGUGGGAAGUGCUUCAGCUACAGUUCACACUAUAUCACACAUCAGACAAUCCACAGUGGAGAGAAGCCUUACCAGUGUAAGGUAUGUGGCAAGGCCUUCAGUGUUAAUGGAAGUCUCGUUAGACACCAGAGGAUACACACAGGAGAGAAGCCCUAUCAGUGCAAGGACUGUGGGGCUGGCUUUGGCUGCAGUUCUGCGUACAUCACUCAUCAGAGAACCCACACUGGAGAGAAGCCUUACGAGUGUAGUGACUGUGGGAAAGCAUUCAAUGUAAACGCGAAGUUGAUUCAGCAUCAAAGAAUUCACACUGGAGAGAAGCCUUAUGAGUGCGAUGUGUGUGGAAAGGGCUUCCGGUGCAGCACCCAGCUUAGGCAGCAUCAGAGUAUACACACUGGGGAAAAGCCACAUCGCUGCAGUGAGUGUGGGAAAGGCUUCACUAAAAAUGCAAAACUCAUUCAACAUCAGCGAGUGCACACGGGGGAGAAACCCUAUGCAUGCAGUGACUGUGGAAAGACUUUUAGUGCCAAAGGGAAGUUAAUCCAGCACCAGAGAAUCCACACAGGUGAGAGGCCUUAUGAAUGUAGUGAGUGUGGGAAAUCUUUUAGGUGUAACUCCCAGCUUCGGCAGCAUCUGAGAAUCCAUACUGGGGAGAAGCCAUAUAAGUGCAGUGAGUGUGGGAAGGCAUUCAACGUUAAUGCGAAGCUAAUGCAGCACCGGAGAACUCACACUGGGGAGAAGCCGUUCGAAUGUAAUGAAUGUGGCAAAUGCUUUACUUCUAAAAGAAACCUGCUGGAUCACCAGCGAACCCAUACUGGAGAAAAGCCAUAUCAGUGUAACGAGUGCGGGAAAGCUUUCAGUAUCCACGCCAAGUUAACCAGACACCAGCAAAUACAUUCCAGGGAGAAACCUUUCAAGUGUAUGGAAUGCGAGAAGGCGUUCAGUUGUAGCUCUGACUAUAUUGUGCACCAGAGGAUCCAUACUGGAGAGAAACCCUUUCAGUGCAGCGAGUGUGGCAAAGCCUUCCACGUCAAUGCUCACUUAAUUAGACACCAGAGAAGCCAUACUGGGGAGAAACCUUUCCGGUGCAUGGAGUGUGGCAAGGGCUUCAGCCUUAGCUCUGACUGUAUUAUACAUCAGACUGUCCAUACUUGGAAGAAACCCUAUGUAUGUAAUGUAUGUGGGAAAACUUUCAGGUUUAGCUUCCAACUAAGUCAGCACCAAGAUGUUCACAAUGAAGACAAAUCCUAAUGAA